UUAUGAGUAUACAGCAAAAAGGAUGACUUAUUUGACUGUACCCCUCCUACUGGUUUGCCUCUGCACGCCUGCGGCCCCGGAAAACUCCUACAUAAUCAACGCAGCUGUGUUAAGUAGGAAGGGCGAAUCGAUGAUAGAUGACUACCAGAAGGUAGAGGAGGUGCUCCAGUUGGGACAUAACGAUUACUGCAGGAUAAGAUUCUCACCUGUGGAAUACGAUAACAGUAACGGUUCAACCGUUUAUCAAAGUCUGGAGCGAGCUUUGGCAGUAUUCAAAAAUCCUGAAAAUGUUAUCGCUGUUGGACCCUUCAUCGACGUAUUUACCUCCAUGGACUACGUCAUCAAACAACAGAUUCAUUUAGUGACGUCAUCAAGUGAAGGUCAGGAGAAAUCUGAAAGAGCCCUUCCAGUGCUUCCUGACACAAAAUCACUAUCCAGUGCUGUCGCCGAGAUUGUGCAAACCUUGGGCUGGAACAAAGUCGCCUUUUUGUCACAAGAUGACUUUUCACCCGUGUUGGCCCUCGGGAACAGAGACAUAUUUGCUUGGCCCAUUCUGCUGCCGUCCAACAUAAAAGGUGGGCACGACCAGGAACUGAGACAGACUAUGACCCAACUUCGCGAGGCACAGAUGCGACACUUCAUUCUGCACUCCAUGGACAAGGAGGUCGUGCAGCACGUCAUCGCAUCGGCAGAGGAACAUCACCUUCUACACUACUCUCGAAGUUGGUUCAUUACCUACCUGGACUUUUCCGAUCUGACAUUGAACUUAAAGGAGACGGUAUCGUUGUAUGGGCUACAGCUGUUGAACGUUGAAGCUAUUCCGCCAAGUCUGUUUCAAGAAGAACGGUUCCAGAACCAGUCCCGUCUCAGUCUGGGACUACUAGUGGACGUCGUCUCCAUACUACGACACUGUCUGCGCCGGGGACAGAGUAAUUCCUACUGUGACAGUCAGCCAUUAAAAAACCAAACAAUGAAUCAAAAGAUGCUGAACGAAGCCUUUUCCGAUAAGUCCGAUACCUAUAUAGGUGCCCUCGGGCAGUACAUAUGGGGUGUGACCGAGGACAAACAAAGUCGGAAACGUACAAGCUACUCCAUGGCCGUGCUACAAUUCAUCAACAAUGCAACUAUCAAGGAUAAUAUAAAGGUCGGGAACUGCACCUUCCUUGACAAAGCUGUAUAUACACCGAUCGGCGAGAGGACGCAACAAAAUACAGUUAGAGACAUAAGCACCAGUUUGAAGGGUAUGAACUUCACGGUUAUUACCAAAAAGGAUCCACCCUUCUACUCUGUUAUAAACGGCAAGCACGAAGGAUUUUGUAUCGAUGUCCUGGACGCUCUGAAGAGGUUAAUGGGAUUUGAUUACAAGAUAAUUGAGUAUAGAAGCAAGUGGGCUGGACUGAAUGAGGACAAGGAGUGGGAGGACAUCGUACAUAAACUAAUGACAGGGGAUGCCGCCAUAGCGAUAGGUGACCUGGUAGUGAAGUCGAAGCGGGUGGCGCGGAUCUCCUUCUCCAACACCAUCCUGUCCUCUUCUGUUAGCAUGCUGCUGAAGAGACCGCCUCUACAGCCCACCUUCUUCCAGUUCCUUUGGCCCUUCGACAUAGGCCUCUGGUUCAUGAUAGUGGUCUUCUUCCUGAUCGUGGGUUUGUCUCUGUUCCUCAUGACGAAGUACGACACUACUCAGCGAACGGCUGAGCAGAAGUUUGAUCUCAAGGAGAGCAUGUGGUAUUCUCUGAACGUCAUCUUACAAGGUGCUACCGAGUUCUCGCCUCAGACUACAUCCAUGAGGACCAUUGUGGCGUUCUUCUGGUUCUGUACCCUGAUCAUUACUGCAGCAUACACGGCUAACCUUGCUGCUUUUCUCACUCUCAAGCAGAUCGACGUUCGCAUCAAGACCAUGCAGCGCCUUGCAAGUCAAUCCUUGGUCACAUAUGGAGUCCGUAACAACAGCGAUCUCAUGAGCUUUUUCGAGCAAUCGGACGAGGACCCUUAUGAGCGUAUGUGGACUGUGAUGAAGCUAACUGAGAAAGAGUCGCUGGUGUCGAACAGAAUGGAUGGUGUUAACAAAGUACUGGCGGGUGACUUCAAGACCGGAUACGCUUUCAUAGACGACGGACUGUUCAAUGAUUACUACGCUUCCAAAUAUUGUGGCAUGGAGUCUAUAGACCAGAGGUUUGGGGAGAAGCACUUCAGCAUGGGGUUCCCAAAGGGAGCGCCAUAUAAGGACGACAUCAACAGGGCUCUACUCAAACUGAAGGAAGACGGCGUCAUGGAUGCUCUCAAAAGCAAGUGGUGGGAACCUGCGUCCAACUGUUCGACCGUGGAGAGUGACCAGUCGGGCGUGAAGACGUCAGGGGAACUGGAACUAGAGAAUAUGGUGGGAGUGUUCAUCGUGCUCGGCUGCAGCGUGACGCUCGGUGUUCUGGUGGAAAUCUGUAAGCGGAUCUACCUUGCAGUGCAGAAGGAAAGACACGCAGACGACAAAGGGCACCUGGACACCUGAAAGACUCCAGGUACACCUUGGUGUGUCAGAAAAGUACAAUUCUACAUUGUCUCCGAACCGACAACCGUCAAUGCUUCUGGAGAUAAGUCAUUGGAUAUAUUUCUGGUAGUGUCCAAAAUCAAUUUAAUUAUUGUCUGCCCGCUUGUGAAAGUUUUGAAUCCGUAAUUUCUUCAAUGAGAAUCGAUAUAUUAAUACGUCGUUUUAAGGAAGCGUGGUGAAUGUUUCUACGAUGGAGUUUUUUUACGAACUUUCUUUUUAUUCUGUUUCACAAACCCAUCAUCAAAUAUAAAGCUUGUCUAUUUCUACGGAAAAGUAAUUUAUUAAUUAAAAUUAAGAAUAGAAAGUAAAGCAGGCUCUGUCGGAGAUCCCUCAUUUUCAUUCCCUAUCCGAAAAUUACUGUUUUGUUUGUUAACUCUUUGUACAACCUACAUGGUAAGACAAUAAGAUCAGUUUAUUACUAAAUUUGCAUAAAUAUGUGAUGCAUUAUGAAUUAUCCCAAAACUAAUUUGAAAGAGAUUUCCAUUUACCAUGUUCUUGAAAGUGUUUAAACACGAUGAAUCAUGUUAGACGUAUAUAUAGCAUCUUCCCCUACUUUGUUGGUAUGACAGAGGGGUUAUGCUUUAUUGUCUAACCUGUGGAAUGAUUCAAUCACAAAUGUACGGGAAUACAAAAUGACAAUCAGUGUAUAAAUAUGUAUAUCUUUAAAUAAACAGAUAAAAGAUUUAAGAAUAUCCAUUUUAAUUAGCAAGUUCUUCAAAAGUACACCUACAUCUUGGCUCAAAAAGAGAUUUUUUUUCGGGUAUUUAACAUGCCUCAAAUAGGUAAUUUUCAAUUAUCGGUUACUGUUUUAAUUUUAAACGCUAACAGUUUUAGAAACGGUUAAUGAUUGUUUUGAAUUAUGACUCUAAAAAUAUAAAUGAAGAGUCCACCUUGAAUAAAUGUCAUGUAUUGUUGUGAAUUUGACAGGAAACAGCAUUUCGAAUGUCAAUGUUGAAAGAAUUCAAUAAUUCGUUGCAAAUAAUUGCAUAUAGCUAUAUAUAAUC